CUGGCUGGAAGUGAAGCGUCUAUCCUUACCACAGUGCACAACACGCAUGCAACGCGGAGACAUGCGCUUGUUCAUCGAUCGCUCUCCACCGACCGCAACAGGCUUCAACGUGAGGGUGCUCGGGCCCGUCAGUGCUACAACGUAGCCCUAGUAUUAGUAUUGUUGUUAUUAUAAUAAGUAGCAGAGGAGGAGCAUAAACUGCGCCGGACUACAUCACCCAGAAGUCAACUGGGCCUUGCGCAGCCGCAGUCUGACUUCAUGACGCCUGUUUAGCUGCGUGUGGCUAAUGCUAGCUAACAAACAGGCUGCAGUGAUGUAGUUCACAGAAGAGCCACUUGCACCUGAGGACACCUGCUAACGUUAGCUAACACAUGCUAACACGAGCUAACAGUCUUAUCCGGGUUUGAGGUCGCUUCCCCGGGGGCUCAGUUCGCCCAGCCCGCUCGCUCGCUCGCUGGCUACACGCUAGCUACACGCUAGCUAACCCGCUGGUGUGUGAGGUUAGCAAUGCGCUGCGGUUUGUUUCGGUAGCUAGCCUAUUAGCUUAGCUGCCAGGCGGUGGCGGUGUUGUUGUUGUUGUUGUUGUUUUUUGUUGGAGCUGAAAUAAACACACACACACCACCGUCCCCGGUGUUUGAUGUCAGGAGUCCGGCUAAGAUGUGGCAAAGUGUCGGGCUCACGCUGCUGGUCAUAGUGGCCACACUGGUCUGUGGGCUGCUCUUCAUGUUUAUCGGUUGGUAUGUAGUCUGGCAGCUCUUCUUAUCCAAGUUCAAGUUCCUGCGUGAGCUUGUCGGGGACGCCAGCACCCCGCAGGCCGAAACUCAACCGUCCGAAGCCAAGAGCGAGCGCACAGCGAGCGCCCCGGCUCGAAACCGGCCCAGGACCUCACGCCAAAGAGUCGCCUCUCCAGAAAGCACUUCGUAGAUUGACCCCCCCCGACGGCCACUGUGUGUCUGCACCGGAACCCGCUCUCACCCUGAUGCUACAGACGCCACCGUGGGAUCAUCAAGAGCUCCUC